AUGCACAUGGUCUAAGUGCUACAAAAUGUCAAACAAGAAAGAAUAGAAUAUAAUAAAGUCAUUGAACUAAAAAAAUUGAAGAGUUAAAUGGUAUUCGAGAAAGUUGAGAUAAACACAACUGUAUAAAAAAGUAUCUCAAACUCUAACCCAGUAGAAUGCAAAUAUGUGAAAUGGAUUUUUAAUAAGCAAGACUUGCUUAAGUUUGAUAUGAUAUUACUUUAAUAGAUACAUGAAAGAAUGAAACAAGCUAAAAGUAAGCAAAGAACCACAUCAGAAUUAGAAAUUCUAAGACCAUGGUAGAAUAAGUUGAUGAUAUCUUUUCUAGCAAAAUUAUUCAAGGAAUCUUAACAUGAAUAUUUGCUUAAGUCCACUGUAGUUAGGAAAUACAACGAAGCAGGAGUACCUUUUAUAUAGCCAAGAAUUGCAUAGCAUAAAACUUACUAUGAAAAGAAGAAUAAUUAUCCUCCGUGGGCACUUUCAUAAAAGGUAGAGAUUUGGCUACCUUUUCUUGACUAGGAGAGUUUUUUAAAAAGAGUUGAAUCAUAAAUUUCCUUAAUAAUUCAAGCGAAAAUUGAUAGGCUACUUGAAAAAUUCAAAUUACCAAUCAUGUAAGUUGACAUUCAAAAAGAUUAUAAUCUCUAAUUAUAAAUCUUAGAUCCCCCUCUCCAUGUAGUUACUAGAUGUCUAAAAGUUGAUAUGGACACAUUUUUUAAUAAAGUAUUAGAAAUUAGAGGCAAUAUUAGAAAUGAAGUAGCAAGAUAUUUAUGCGAGAAAUACAUUGAAAAAGAUUGGGCAAAGAUCCUACUAAUUAAAAUUCAGGAUGUUGAUCUUAAUCUGAUCAUGCUUUAAUCGCAUUAAUCUUUGAUAAUUAGAGAAUCUAUAAUUAGAGAUUUAGACAAAAAUAUAGUAAUAAACACUAUUUGCGAGCCAGGACAACUAUAUGGCUAUUUAGCUGCGAAGUACCUAAAUUCCAUUAAAAAUAACGAAGUAUUCGAUAAAAUUAUAACUGAAUGCUACAUAAAAUAUGGAUACAAACUUAUUAAAAUUGGUUCUGGAACCUUCAUUAUUUGUCCAAACAAAUAUAUAUCUAUAAAUUCUGAUUAAAAUCCUGAAGUUAAUAAAAAAUGCACUGAUGAAUCUAAUAAAGAAGCAAAAUAUUUUGAAUAUAAAAUGGUACAUUGCUCACUUUGUAAUGAAGAGUAACCAAAUUCUUAAAUUUUAGAAUAGAUGCUAAAUUCAGCUUAUAGAGUUAUUGGUGAAAAUGAGACUUUAACCUAUUAUGAAAAUGAGAGAAUUUUAAUAGUCAAUAAUUAUGCUUCACUAGCUCUAAGUUUAAAGAAAAUGUCUGAGUAGGCAUCAUUAGGAGUAGAUCUUGAAGGGAGAUUGAGAGUUGGUGGAUACAUAAAUUUAAUUUAGAUUGCAUGUGAGGAUGCUAUUUUCAUUUUUGAUAUUCAUCAAAUAACCUCGAUCUAAAAUGAUAAAAAUCUACUCUAACUUACCAUCUAGGUGUUGAAAUGUAUAUUUCUUAAUCCGAGUAUUAGAAAGGUCUUCUUUGAUGGAAAGAGAGAUUUAGAAGCUCUGCAUUUUAUUAUUGGAGUAGGUAUAAGAAAUUUUUAUGAUGCAUAAGCAAUUCAUAUGACUUUGUUUCAACUCAUGGAAAUGCAUAAAAAUCAAAAGCUAUUUGAAUUAAAAUAUGUUGCAACCCCUGGAUUGAACGAUGUACUUAGUAAAUAUAAAGUUAGUCAUGGAUUAAACUCAUUGAAGGAGUAGUUCAAGAAAUUAUUUGAUAACAGAAUUGAUAGCAAAAAAUACCUUUAUGCACGACCAAUUGAUCCAGAUUUCGCCAGUUACUCAGCUUAAGAUGUUGAAAAUCUUAGUGAAUUAGCUGACAUAAUAGAUGUCAAGUUAGGUGAGGUCCUUGACAAAAAUGUGGAUCCUAACUUUAGAAAAAAAUUAGUCACUCAAUUAAGCAAUACAUACACCAGCUAAUCAUGUGGCUAAUAAAUAGAGAUAGAAUAAAAGUAAAAUGGUCCAAAAUGA